AUGGAUGACGUUGUUCGUCGAUCCAACGAUAAGCCUAGAUCGGACAGGCCGAUAAGUAGGAUGAGAUCCAGUAGGCAGUCAUACCAGGACCGGAUGCAGAGAGAGCCGAAAGACAUUACGAACCAGCCCAACACACUCUGGUCGAGACCUCAUUGUUGCUUGAAAUCAAGUUUUGUCCCAUUAGAUGAAUUAGUAGUUCCAGCAGCAGCCGUCAAUCCGAUACACAAACCGGAGCCAGGCGGCGCGGGACGAUCGGAGCCAGGGCUGAGAAAAGCAAUAUGGAAGUAUCCUGCAGGUCGGACGCCUGGUCGAAGACUAUUAGGAAAAUCGGAUCGUUGUGCCGUCGGAGUCCGGAUAUAUUCCAGCUCUUUUCUGUGGUGGAUUUUUAUUUCUCAGAUGCAAAAAAUGAAUGGUGGUACUACGUAUGCUGGCGGUGCUGGUGGGCGGGCCAACAGGCUGCACAGUAACAGAGAGGCGCCACGAGCGAGAGCGACUCCAUCGGUACCGUGGCGACAUCCACCUGUCGUAUUCCGGUCGGGUUUGAUCGAGGCAAAAACUCACUGGCUGGAUGGCUGCAUCAUCUUGCUCCGCCCCAGGAAGGCAAGACAGCACAUUCCGGACGCGAUCGGACCGGAAAACGAGGGAAGGGGAGAGAAGUGCGCGAUUCCGGGAUCGAUAACCUAUAUACGCAAGCCACCCUCACUUGACCAAGUGGAUGGCGGAAGUAAGGAACCAAAUGGGUGGCCAAGGCAGGUCACGCAGCACAACCAAGAUGCGAAUGGAAUUAGUAAGAAGCCGGUGGGAUGGGAUGGGGAUGUUGGUUCGCUAGUUAGACAGUCGGUAAUUAUUGUCCCAGCUGAGUUCAAUUAA